GAUAAGGGAACAAGUGUCGUUGCUUAGAUAGCUUAAGAGCUGCCAGGGCCUCUGGAUCUUGUUAAACUUGGAGCAUGCCAUCCUGGAAGCCUCCGGGUGGGGAGUAGGAAGUUUCCACAGCCCAAGAGCCGCUCCGGUGCAUACUGCAAGCUGCACCUCGCGUGGAGCUUGCGUACGCUGCGCCCUGCGGACUUGCGGGCUGCAGGCAACAAAUCGGCCGCCUGUGAUUGGAGGACUGGUGCCGGUUGGGAUAAUGAACUUGGUAGUGUCGGCAGAGGUGAUUGGCCAGGCGCUACUGCAGUGAGAAUGCAGACUGGAUGCUCGGGUGCUGGGUUUGGGUGAUGAAGGAAGACAGCUGAAUGACUGGGAGCUCGAAGUUCCUUCAGUCUGUGGGAGAGGUCUGUUUGGAUAUCACUUUUUCCUUUAAAAAAAAAGAAAAAACCAAACCUUUGAUCACCGGCCAUCUGCAAAAAUGAGUUUUUACUGAAGAAGCCCAGCUGCCCUUCUUACUGGUAGCAAGCCUGGCAAGCGCUCUUUGAGUGAAGUACUUCUCAGGCCAGGCACGACAGCAGUACUAGCGAAUUUGAAAAAAAAGCAGAAAACAGAUCCUGCAUGCAGAGCCUCCAACCUGAGAACUCCCCGGCCAGUCUUCCAGGCAGCUGUUAGCCAGAGACCCUUGGUAUUGGGGUCACAUCCCUCCAAAGUGGGCAGGCAGCAUCAGUGACUUUCGGAGGAAGCGUGAUGUUGCAGAUGCUGUGGCAUUUUCUGUCUAGCUUUUUCCCUAGGGCCGGGUGCCAAGGCUCCAGAGAGGGCACCGGUCAUGAAGUCAGAGGCACCCAAGGUCCUGCUCGGGGAGACCAGAUGUCAAGCUUUGUGGGGAAGCAGGACGGAAGGGCUGAGGCUUCGGAAAAGAGACCCACCAUUUUGCUGGUGGUCGGACCUGCAGAGCAGUUUCCUAAGAAAAUUGUGCAAGCUGGCGACAAGGACCUCGAUGGGCAGCUGGACUUUGAGGAAUUUGUCCAUUACCUUCAAGACCAUGAGAAGAAACUGAGGCUGGUGUUUAAGAGUCUGGACAAAAAGAAUGAUGGACGGAUCGAUGCACAAGAGAUCAUGCAGUCCCUGCGGGACCUGGGCGUUAAGAUCUCGGAACAGCAGGCAGAAAAGAUUCUCAAGAGAAUACAAACAGGCCAUUUCUGGGGCCCUGUCACCUACAUGGACAAAAACGGCACCAUGACCAUUGACUGGAACGAGUGGAGGGACUACCACCUCCUGCAUCCCGUGGAGAAUAUUCCGGAGAUCAUCCUGUACUGGAAGCAUUCCACGAUCUUUGAUGUGGGUGAGAAUCUGACAGUCCCUGAUGAGUUCACCGUGGAGGAGAGGCAGACAGGGAUGUGGUGGAGACACCUGGUGGCAGGAGGUGGGGCAGGGGCUGUUUCCAGAACCUGCACGGCCCCUCUGGACAGGCUCAAGGUGCUCAUGCAGGUCCAUGCCUCCCGCAGCAACAACAUGUGCAUUGUGGGUGGAUUCACACAGAUGAUUCGAGAGGGAGGGGCCAAGUCCCUCUGGCGGGGCAACGGCAUCAAUGUCCUCAAAAUCGCCCCUGAGUCGGCCAUCAAAUUCAUGGCGUAUGAGCAGAUCAAGCGUCUUGUUGGGAGUGACCAGGAGACACUGAGGAUUCAUGAGAGACUUGUGGCAGGCUCCUUAGCUGGGGCCAUCGCCCAGAGCAGCAUCUAUCCAAUGGAGGUUCUGAAGACCCGGAUGGCCCUGCGGAAGACAGGCCAGUACUCAGGCAUGCUGGACUGUGCCAGGAGGAUCCUGGCCAAAGAAGGGGUGUCCGCCUUCUACAAAGGCUACGUCCCCAACAUGCUGGGGAUCAUCCCCUACGCCGGCAUCGACCUGGCUGUCUAUGAGACACUCAAGAAUGCCUGGCUGCAGCGCUAUGCUGUGAACAGUGCAGACCCUGGUGUGUUUGUGCUCUUGGCCUGCGGUACCAUCUCCAGCACCUGUGGCCAGCUGGCCAGCUAUCCCCUGGCCCUGGUCAGGACCCGGAUGCAGGCGCAAGCCUCCAUCGAAGGAGCACCUGAGGUGACUAUGAGCAGCCUCUUCAAACAAAUCCUGCGGACUGAGGGGGCCUUUGGGCUGUACCGGGGGCUGGCCCCUAACUUCAUGAAAGUGAUCCCAGCUGUGAGCAUCAGCUAUGUGGUGUACGAGAACCUGAAGAUCACCCUGGGCGUGCAGUCACGAUGACGGGAGGGUGGGUGGACUCACUGAUCCUGGGCUGUGGCCCAGGGUGUCAGUCAUCUCAUUCUGUGAAUGUGCCAACACUAAGCUGACUCAAGCCAAGCUGUGAAACCUGGGACGCUGCAAGGGAGGGGUGGGGGAGAGCUGACAGGCCCCCCUGGGCUAGUCCAUACUGACCUGGCAGACCCUUGUGUCUGUCCCGAGGAAGACCUGUGGGCAUUCUUCAGGGGCCAGCGGUCAGCAGGACCCAGGCUCAUGUGCCUGGGGACAGGACGUUCCCUGCAGUGCCUGCCAGAUAGCAAGCGUGGAGGCUGGCUUAGUUUUCCCGUCCCGUCCUUGCAGCCACCCCUCAGCUGCACCCUUCCUCUGGCCUGCAGAGCGUUCCUGUGCCCAGUUUGCAUCCUCCCCCUCUGAUUUGCUGGAGGGGGAGGACCAUCAGCCUGCCCGCAUCCCUCCCCACCGGGGCUGGGGAGAGGCAGUUCCUCCUGCCCCCCGUGGACUGCUUCCUGGCUUCAGCAUCCACAUCAACCUGUGGUGCAAGAAGCCAAAGGGGGCUUGUUUAUGUGCUCACCUCUCCUGAGCCAUGUUGGCUUCUGAACUCACCAGUUGUGAGCACCUGGACAUAUGUGUUCACUUAGGGCGCUGGCUGCCUGGUGUCAUUGGUGCAUGGCUUUGUGAAAGGCUAGUGCUAGGGCCUGGAGCCCAGAGGGCCUUAGCUGCCUGUUUGGGCCUCAUGGCCUCUGAGCUUUCCCCAGACUGCCAGGACUGGCGCCAGCUCAUAACCAAACUCAUCGUCCUGCUCUGUGGUGUGAGAGUGGGGCAGGUUGAAUUUUAGGGUGAAGAGCAGGGUUGCUGCCCUGUGAGACAAGGAAAAGGUGCUGAAGGCCUUAAUUAUGUCUUGUUGAGAAAGGGGUUUUGUCCAGCAAGAUGAGCUGGACAAAUGUGAGUUGUGUGCCUCCAGAGAGAAGACAAGGGAGUAGGUAGAAUGGCUGACUACUGAAGUCUGUUUCUGAUGCCCCUGGGGAUUUACGUCCAGUCCCAAACAGGGCAAAUUGGGACCAAUCUCACAUUCCACAGAUGCGACAUAUCACACUGCUUGGAGCCUAUUUAUUUUGUAUUUAUUUGAACAGAGUUAUGUCUUAACUAUUUUUAUAGAUUUGUUUAACAAAUAGCCUGUCAUUUUCAAGUUCAUUUUUAUUCAUAUUUAUGUUCAUGAUUGAUUAUGCCUCUCCAUCACCACCUGGUGAGGGUGGGGAGAAGAGAAGGAGAAGGGGCCGCAGAGUGGCCUUCCCCACUGCCCACCCGACAUCAUGUCUGUCCAAAGAAAUUCCUCUCGGGACUAGAGACAGAAGAGAAGGGACCCUGGCCAUUUGUCUAUGGAGUGCAUGUCCCCUGGCAUUGAAGGCAGGACUUGCCCCCAGGGAGCUUGGGGUCUCAGGGUGUGAUAGGGUGGGGCCAGUGGGAGAAACCUCAACGGCAUGGAAAAUGCAAGUUCAAAUCCUUCCAUGGACUGGAAGGUUUUCUUUAGUUCACCUUUCCUGAGUGACAAGGCAGUGAGGUGCCUCUCACUGUGAACUUGUAGUACAGGGAGAGGGUGCUGAAGGACAGAGUGGCUGGAUGCCCACCCCAAUCUGUGAAGUGGACUUCCUCCCAGCCCUUAGCUGCCCUCGCUCAAUAAUGCUGGUAAGCUGGCCAUGGGACACUUGUACCUCCAUUUCCCCAGAAUGGCCUGAUGAGGACAAUUUAAAUAGGAUGCAAAGAUCAAUGCAAAAAUUAUUAUAUAUAAAUAUAUUAGCUAUAACUGGAAUUUAUCAAAAAGCAAAUUAAGAAAGAAUUGGAAGUUGUCAUUUCAAACAGCCUCUAAUAAAGUUGUUUCAAAGGUGAUGACGGAACAGGAGUUUUCUGACUUGGGCUUGGGUGGUUUAGGGGCAUUUUUCUUACUUAAUGCCUAGACAGCUUCCCUCUCAGUUUCAGGGGAGCACUGCCUCCUCAGUGGAGGCUCAUUAGAGUUGGGGUAUUCUGAUGAGGUCACCAGUGCCCCCAAGUUGCCCUGUCCUGAUCUGGCCCACAUCAGAUGGGUCACUCUCUUGUGCUGGAAGCACCACCUUCAUUCAUUGACCCCAAGCACCACUGGGCUUCUCUCUCCUUGCCCUCCUAGGGUUCCUGCCCCUCUUACGGAUGCUCAGGGGCCCAGGGGAGCCUCAGACCUCUCUACCCACACUGUCAUCCCAUCUUGCCAGUGAAGACUAAGUAGCCAUGUUCAGAGGACCCUGAUUUUGUUCUUGAGCUAACUCCAGAUUCACGCAUCUUCACGCAUCGUACUACAAACCCUCCCUCUGCAUUUGAGCAGCUGGCAGGCAUCUCACAUAUCACAUACUAAGGCCAAACUCCUAGCUUUCCUCCCAGAUCUGCUUCUCCACCUGGUCACCUUCACAAAUGGAUUUCUUUCAGUGAUGAGCCUGAGCCUCCGGAGUCAUCCUUGACUCCCACUUCUAGUCUAGUCCAUCAGCAAGUCCUGUCAGCUCUGCCUUCAAAUAUAUCUGGGGUCCAACCACUUAUGACAGUCCUCUGCUGCCUGGCUCCUGAGCUCAUCCCUUGCUUCCCUCCACUCACCAUGCUAAGCCUGAGUGACUUCAGGUACCAAGAAUUUCAUUGUGAAUUUUCCUGAAUUAAAAAGGAGUAAAAAAGCAUACAGUGUCUCCCUUCUCACCCUGACACCGAAAGUCCCUCUCUGGACCACAGCCCCAUGUGAAUUGCCUCCUUGCUGAAGUGCUGGGUCUUACUGGGAGUUGUGGGGCCUCUGAGUUGGGGAGGAGACACCUUCCUAGAAUAAACUACAGCCAGAGAGAAAGGCUGUGUGUCCCCCAAAGCUCCCAGGUGUUGGGGGAUUGCCUUUCUCAUUAAAUCAAUAUUUACUUUCACAGCUGGCUUUGUGCUCAUUAAAAAACAAACAAAAAAAUGUUACAAGCUUUAAGCCUCACAAAGUCGCAGGGGCCUUUUGGGGCCCUCCCCUGCUCCCCCUCCAGCCCUACAGGCUGCCCAAGGCCCCAGCACAUACCUGCCUGACCUUUGCUCCU